UGUACUUUUCUAUUGAUAAACGCUUAUUAUAUUAUUUACAAUUUUUCGAUGAAGCUAAUUACUUUGUAAACCAAACGACGUAUCUUUGAAUGAUCUGUAUUUAAUAAAUGGUGGACAGAAGUUGGAGCGGUAAGUCAGAAAACAAACGCUUUUCUACGACAACAAAGUCGCGAAAGUCAUCGUCUGUCUCUUCUGAGUUCGAUCAAGAAUAUAGGGAACAUCUUGAAGGGCAAUACUUGGGGAAUGGACUUGAAAUUAGGCCGCCUAGUGGCACAAAUCAUCAGCAACCUGGUUCACAUUUGAGUAUUGAUACAAGACUUUCAGAACUUAGUUUAGCUGAUGAUGGCAGGUUGUACUCGUCUCAUCCUUCCAGUGGUACAAGUAAGAAAUCUAGCCAAUACAAAGUACUUGUGGAUAAGCCGAAUUGCUACAUAACAUCACCCUUCAAACAGGGCUAUCAGAUACCUAAUAAAGGACCUACCAAGGUUGUGGAUCCAAGUAUUCAGCUUAAAAAAGUCACUAAAGAGAGCAUAGAUAAAGUCAGACAGCAGUUUAGAAGACCAAAACCUCCUCCACAUUCUUCUAUAUACACUCCAAGGCUGAGAAAGGCCAAGCUGAAGACCACAGGAAGACCAAUUAGUGGGUCAGGACCAUCAAUUAAUCAAUGCCGAGGAAUCCAAGGAGGGGGACAAGUGAAAGGCAGGCCAACAGCUCCAUUUUGUUACUAUGACAAUAGAUCCUAUACCACCCACUCACCAUCACUUAGACCAGGAAGCCCUACAGAACUACAUAGGCCAGAGAGCUCUGUCCACUGUACCUCACGAGUGCCGUCAGUGAUUGACGAUAGCUUAUCAGAUCACAUUAUUGAUACCAUAUAUAGUAAUGAACAUGUGACAGAAAGCUGGAGUGGACACACGUUUAAUGGAGAGCAAACACAUGAUCUUUUUGAUCCAAGAGAUCAAGAGGGAUCAUUAGGCAGUAUUGGCGAUGAGAAACCUGAAGCUGAUCUUGAUGAAGAUCAUCGAAAGCAAACUCAUGAUCAUUUUGAUCCAAGAGAUCAAAGGGAUCAAGAGGGAUCAUUGUGUAGUAGUGGUGAUGAGAAACCUGAAGGCUCUGAUCUUGAUGAAGAUCAUGUCAUAGAAGAUCAAAAGACAACUGUGCAUUUCAGUCAUGACACACAGAGUGAUGCAGAGGACAAAGUGACUUCUAAAAUUAUAGGUUCAACAAAUGAUAAUGAAACUUGCAAGCCAUUUAGUGAGAAUAAAGGCAAUAAUGAUAGUAACAGUGAUGAUGAUGAUGAGAAUAGUAAGAGAACUUUACUGUCAAGUUAUAAUCAUCAGAAUUCAAGCAAAUCAGGAACUCAAGGUUGGGGCUCAAAUACAUCAGGUUCUAGGAGAAAAGAAAAUGGUAAUGGAAAUGAGGUGAAAAGUCAAACAAACCGAAAAGAAAUGAGAGAAGAACUAAUAAAUGAGAUUGUUGGUGAAAGAAUGACAAGUAUCCUGAGUCACUGUACAAAGUUUUCAAAUUCCUCAGAAGAGRGUCAUCUUAUUAAGGAAAAUAAUUUCACACAAGAAUCAGUCAAUGAUAGUAUUGUGCAUAUAGUAGAUUCCACAUCCAGGAAUGUUUCACCCCUAAUAACAAUACAUGUCAGGGGUAAAUUAGAUAAGUCGGGAAAUUAUAAACCAGGAACUGAUUCGGAAUCAUUUAAAAGUGAAGAUAUAAACAAUGUCGAAUAUCCAGCACAAGAAUCUGAUGUUAUUGAGGAGUGCAAUGAUGAAGAAGACACUGAUCGAAUACCGUCGGCUUUGAUAUGGAAAAACCUUGACCAAUUGAAUCUCAGUAUGAAUGCAUCUUCUGAUUCUUCAAAGGAUGARCUGACCUUCUCAUCGCGAGCACGUAAAGUUCAGUCUGCAGGACYACAAAGGAAGACAAGUUCUGAUCUUCCAAGCAACAUGGAUUCAAAACCUCCCAGGAGUAAACAACAACAAAGGGUUUCAUCUGGAAAAUCAAGAAAAACUAAAAGAAAGCACCAUGAACAGAUUGACAAAACUGAAUUACUGAAGAAAUAUCUCACUGAAGAGAGUAAGAAAUUUUCUGCUGAYUUGCCAGGGUACUUCACUGAGCAAUUUCACAUUAUACAAGAAGCCAAAAARGACAAGACUUYYGGAACACUUGAGGAGAACACAAAAGCUUUAAUGAAAUAUAAUGAUAACGAACAUGAAGGUAAAGAAAAAGAUUGUGAUAAAGUAGAAGAUAUUAACGAAGAUAAAGAAUCCACAAGUCUUUAUUCUGUGGAAAUUGGGGCUUCRUCAUCUUCAGGAGUCUUCUUUACAAUGGAGUCCACAAGUACUUAUGACAUGGACUCAUUGUCAGAACAUACUGAGGACACUCUAGAGUUAGGUAGUGAUACCAAAGAGUUMAGUGAUGACACAGGCUUUGAAACUAUGCCUGGAUUAUCCAGAUCACAAACUACAUGUACUGACAAAAGUAUGGAUGAUACUUUAAAGCAUGAGAGACAAGAAGAGGAAGUUAAAUUUGUGAAACUUGAAGACCUUGAGGUAGUGGCAAAGGCAAAGCACCUUACCGACCCAAGAAUGUCUCUUUAUCUGCGACGAGAGUAUAAACGUUUAUGGGGAGUACUGUUUGGAUUUAAGUUACGUUUUAAUAAAAAAGGGUCUUCUAAUGAUGCUGGUGGCUUUGCUAAUGUUGAGUUCAGUCCUGGUAGUUCUGUAGAGGGUUGUGUCUACACAAUUACCGAUGCUGACUUGUCCAUGUUGGACAACUGUAUGGGAUAUCCCAAGCAUUAUUGCCGUGUUGUGUUACCCGUUUGGAUGAGCAACUGUCACGAUCCUGACCAACAUGGUGUUGCUCAGUACUGUAUCCCAGCUGUAUUGUAUGUAGCUGAACAGCAAUGGGUUGAAUAUGAAAAUAUAAACUCCCUUGACUGUACCUACAGUGUCAACCAGUGUCUGAAAGCAUCAGAUAUCUUAACUCCGAACUAUAUCGACUAUCUGAGUCAGCAAGCUACUACAUAAGACAAUUAUAUGGAACUUGCC